CGCACCAUGCCACUCUUCGGGAGCACCUUCAGCCCGAAGAAGACCCCCCCGAGGAAAUGCGCCUCGCUCUCCAACCUGCACUUGCUGGACAGAUCGACCCGUGAGAUUGAGCUGGGCCUGGAGUAUGGCAUCCCCACCAUGAACCUCGCUGGUCAGAGCCUUAAGUUUGAAAAUGGCCAGUGGGUGGCAGAAUCAGGAAGCUUCACGGGGGACCGCAGGGAAAUGCAGCGCUUGCGCAAACGAAACCAGCAGCUAGAGGAAGAAAACAACCUCCUUCGGCUGAAAGUGGACAUUCUGCUGGACAUGCUCUCCGAGACCACAGCUGAGUCCCACCUCAUGGAGAAGGAGCUGGAGGAACUGAAGAGCCACAGCCGGAGGAGGAAGUGAAGAAGAAGCGGUGGCUGGAGAAUGGGAGGGAGAGGAGGAC